GGCUGGGCUUUCUGGAAGCGGGGAGCAAGGGAGAGCCGGAGAGAGAGAGUUCAGGGCAGAGUAAAAUGUAUUCCUUCCUGAGGACCAGUGGCAUGUUGGAGAUCUUAAGGAUUACAUGAUGUCUGUCAACCUGCUGAACUUAAUGAGUUGAAGAAACUGUUGGAGCAUUGCUUUGAUCAAUAUUUGUUAGUAAGCACUUUAAAGGCGAUGUCAACCACUCUUUCAGUGCUGCAGGAGGAGCUGGUUUCUGUUGACGAUGAACUGCAAGCGUUGGAGAUCCAGAUUCAAGAACUUCUUGAACAUCAGCAACAACUAAUUCAAAAGAAGACCGUCCUGAAGAAGAAAAUAACACAGUUGUCUGACACAGAAAGCGGGAGCAGCAAAGAGACUGAAUCAGCAACUGAGGACUGGAACAAAGAAGACUUUCCGUGGUCCACAAAGAUAAGGGAUGUGUUACAAAAGAGCUUUGGCCUCCAGAGUUUUAGGCCCUUGCAGCUGGAGACAAUUAAUGCAACAAUGGCAGGCAGAGAUGUAUUCCUUGUCAUGCCUACUGGAGGGGGGAAAAGCCUGUGUUAUCAGUUGCCAGCAGAGGGUUCUCCGGGCUUCACACUUGUGAUCUGUCCUCUCAUCUCCCUUAUGGAGGAUCAGCUAAUGAUGUUGGAACAGCUGGGUGUAUCAGCAACUUUACUGAAUGCUUCCAGUAGCAAGGAACAUGUGAAGUGGGUUCAUGCUGAAAUGCUGUCUCGCAACUCGCAGCUGAAGCUUCUUUAUGUGACCCCAGAGAAGAUAGCGAAAAGCAAGAUGUUUAUGUCAAAGCUAGAAAAAGCUUACCAAACAGGACAGCUGACCCGGAUUGCCGUAGACGAAGUCCAUUGCUGCAGCCAGUGGGGACAUGACUUCAGACCUGAUUACAAGUUGCUUGGGAUCUUAAAACGGCAGUUUCCCAACGCGCCCUUGAUUGGAUUGACUGCAACCGCAACGGGACAUGUGCUGCGUGAUGCGCAGAACAUCCUCUGUGUGCCAAAAUGCAUCACCUUCACGGCGUCCUUCAACCGACCCAAUCUCUAUUACGAGGUUCGUCAGAAGCCAUCAUCCGCUCAGAAUUGCAUUGAGGAUAUUGUGAAGCUCAUCAAUGGAAGAUACAAAGACCUUUCAGGAAUUAUCUACUGCUUUUCCCAGAAAGAUGCUGAGCAAGUUACUAUGAGCUUGCAAAAACUGGGGAUUAAAGCAGGUACUUACCAUGCAAAUAUGGAGCCCAAAGAUAAGAGCAGAGUUCACAAGCGGUGGUGUGCCAACGAAAUCCAGGUUGUGGUGGCCACUGUGGCUUUUGGCAUGGGGAUUGAUAAGCCAGACGUGAGAUUUGUCAUACAUCAUUCCAUGAGUAAAUCCAUGGAAAAUUACUACCAAGAGAGUGGACGCGCAGGUCGGGAUGACCAGCGAGCCGAUUGCAUCUUGUAUUAUGGCUUUGGUGACAUAUUCAGAAUCAGCACCAUGGUGGUGAUGGAAAACGUGGGACAACAGAAGCUGUAUGGCAUGGUUUCCUACUGUCACGACAUGGGAAGGUGCCGCCGCGUCCAGAUCGCUCAUCACUUUGAGGAGGCCUGGGAUUCUGCCAAUUGUAAUAAAAUGUGUGACAAUUGCAGCCAAGAAGAGACGCUGGAGAAGAUGGAUGUGGCGGAGCACUGCCGGGAUCUCAUCAAGAUUUUAAAGCAAGUGGACCAAAGAAAGGAGAAAUUCACUCCUUUGAAAUUGAUUGAUGCUUGGCUAGGGAAGGGCCUCUCCAAACUGGGACUGGAGAUUGCUGCUCCCAAAUUUCCCCGUGAGGUAUUGGAGAGAAUCGUUGCCCAUUUGAUUCUGCAACAGUAUCUGAAGUAA